UCCGCUAGGAUGCUUGGAGAAAUGGGGGGCUGACCUUCCGUGCAGUUUUAUAACGACCGGCGGGUGGAUCGUAGCUCGGCUUGUCUUGUCUUUAUUGCUUUGUCCGACGUAGGCGCGAUCUCCCACCUUACUCCCUGGCAAAUGGAGGUGUCACUUUGUGGGACUACAAAGUAACGUCAGAAUCGUGCCCGGGGGGGGGGGGGGGGGGGAGCGAGUCCUUACCUUUAGAAAGCGUUUAGAGUUCCUUCAUUAUCGCUCGGCGAUGUGGAUCUGCAGCUAGGCAAAGCCACGCGUCUCCCAGAGCUGUCUUUUGUUCUGUUGUCUUAAGUGUUGGCCUGAAUGUGUAAAACGCGACUGGCAGACACGUGUCUGCAAACAGGGAUUCAUCAAGCGAUGCGCUUUCCGGGAAUUUAAGAAUGCCACUUAGAAGAAGCCGUCUUUUCCCCUCUGUCGUUGUCUCAGUAUUAUUUCUCUGCAGGCUUUCAUCGCCUCCUUGGAGUUUCCAUGAUGCUGUUUUUUAAAACUCCGUGUUAAAAGCGCAGACAAAAUGUCCUGGGUACAGUCAGCGGUGAGCCAGGCCAAUGAGGAUGUGUUCGAUGAAGAUGCAGAUGAGAUGGGCAUUGCACAGAAAGAAUGGAAAAGCGCCAUGGAGAAACGAGUCAAAGAAGGCUAUCGGGAAGGAGUUGAAGCUGGGAAGGAGCUGACACUUCAGAAGGGUUUUAAUGAGGGGUAUGAAGAAGCAGCAAAGAUUAUGUUUUCCUGUGGCCAACUCAAAGGGAAUGUCAGUGCUCUUUUGUCUUGGUGUCACAAGAGCCCCUGCGAUUCUGCAGUGCUGAACACAGUUACGGAUUUGCUGAACGACAUAAACAAAUACGAAGAGGCUACUAUUAAGGAUCUUAGCUGUACCCACCCACAAUCCUCUCUUGCGGACUUAAUGGAUACGGUUGAGGACAUGGACCUUGGGCAUGAACCUUCCCCAGAGGAACAGGCAAAUGGAAUUGUAGAACCACCAACUGGUUUAAAUGGUACACAGUUUUGUGGAUGCCAUUGCACCAAUGGUGGGACUGAUCCUCCAAAAAGUGAAUGUUGUAGGAGACAAAGAAACCACACAGCUGGGGUGAAGCCAACCCUUCCUUGGCUGAAAGAAAGAACUGUUAAUUUAAUGGAACAACUCGGCUUGUCUCCAAGCACGCUUGCACAUAUCUAGGAAUUGCAAAGUUAAUUUAUCACAACAAGUAGGCUGCAUUUAUUGAGAAUAACGUGUAGUCUUUAAAAGAAGCUAUUUUACAUGUCCUGAGAUGUGUGGAGUCAGUGCAGAUUUGUGAGAAUAAAUAUGGCUGUUAUAACCAAA